GCAAAUUCCCCUUACAAAUCACAUGCAUCCCAUCCCACACUUUCCUUCUUGUGGCUGAUCACCGCCCCACCGCAACCACAUGCUCUAACAUAUAUACAUUCUCUACAGCUCUUCAUCGACCACUCCAGCGCUCCCACAUUGCUUACAUUUUGCCGCAUGCAUCCUUCUGUAGGAACUUGAAACCUCCCGUCUCUGCGCCGCGGCGCCCAGGCCAGAGAAGCAGCUUUUGCAAUGGGAAAGGGACCCGCCGUCGUCUUCAUCGCAAGGCAUGGCUCCCGACUCGAUGCCGAGGACAGAACAUGGCACCUCACCUCGCCGACUCCCUACGACCCUCCCCUCACCUACGGCGGCUGGACACAAGGCAAGGCCCUCGGCCUACGUAUAGCGGCGCUCCUGCACGCUCGGGAAACCGACGAGAGCAGCGGCUCUGCGAAUAGAGCCGCAGGCGGAGGAGACAUUUCACACCCAGACACUGCUGCGCCGAAGCCGAGGCGGAAACACAGAAUCGUAAUACAUUCGAGUCCGUACCUGAGAUGCGUGCAGACGAGCAUUGCCAUUGCGGCCGGGAUAUCGCAGUUCCAGCCGCCUGUCACGGCGCCGACGUUGAGGUCGCCACACCCAGGCGAGAGGAAACGGGUCGUUACGCAUCGGCAUACGCCGACUGGAGAUCGUGAGGUGUCUCCGAAGCCGCGCAUUGGGCCUGAGAAGAUCCUCUUGCGGAUCGAUGCGUUCUUGGGGGAAUGGCUGUCGGAGGAGUAUUUCCAGGAUAUUACUCCACCGCCUCAAUCGACGUUAAUGGUGACGAGUGCGAAGGCAGGACUGAUGCGGAGAGAGGACUAUGUCGAGGUUCCGCAGAGUACGAAUAGCAACCAAGGGCACUUUCCCGGAGGCUGGAAGAAGAGCACGACGAGUCCCACAUCACCUGUGGACGGAAGCAGGAGUAGGACGACCGAUGGAACGUUUCCGACAAUGGGGAGCUUGGCGCAAGCGCUGCAGCAUCGUGAAAGAGCGAGCAGCCAAGGGAGUGCUUCGGGUCAUCCAGCGAGGCCAGGCAGUCGAGCUGCGGGCCAUAAACCACCACCGCAUAUUUACGAUCCGCCGACGCCUUCGUACGCGUUGAAGCCCUCGGAACCGAUACCCAGGGGAUAUGUCAGUCAUGCGAGGGAGGCUUGUGUGCAGGUGGAUUAUCAGUGGGAUAGCAUGCGGCCACCGCAAGAGUGGGGAGAUGGAGGCGAAUACGCUGAUGAGUGGAGUACCAUGCACAAAAGAUUUAGGAAGGGGUUGGCGGGCAUGAUGUCCUGGUACAAGGAACACGGCAUCAAGAACCCUUACAUUUCUUCGGGAGUAGAGCGAGAUUCCUCCAACGGGCAACCGAACGGCUCUAUAUCCUCUCCGCACUCAGCAGACCCCCAAGAAGAGGAGGAAGACCUCGUUCUAGUCAUCGUCACGCACGGCGCUGGCUGCAACGCGCUCCUCGGAGCCAUCACCAAUCAGCCCGUCCUCAUGGACGUCCUCGUCGCAUCGCUCUCAAUGGCCGUCCGACGUGACGAACCCCUUCGACCGCCUGAAACUGCACCUCCACUCCCAACAAGACGCUCCUCCGUCAUAGACGUCGGCAUGUCGGAUACCUACGAGCUGAAGAUCCUCGCCUCAACAGACCACUACCAACCCGGUGUCGACCCGUCCGAACUCCCCAAAGCACAGUCCCCUCCCGUUCUUGGUUCUCGUCCCUCGUUAGACUCCCGACGGCGCUUCACUCCCGAUAACCCCAAUAACUCUAUCCUGUUCGUCGAGCCCUGGAAACCGGUCAACAGCUCAUUGGGCAGUAUGCGCCGCAGAGGGUCGUCCGAGUCUUCUUCACGGUCCCUUGCAAGUCCGAACGUAAAACCACUCGCGUCUCCCACAGCAGGCCUCUGGGGCGCACCGCUACCUUCGAUCGCGCAGGAGUCGGACGGGAGGAGGAGUCCGGGAUUCGAUAUCCUACCCAAUUUCGACGAGUACAAGAUGCCCUCUAAGAGUACCGCGACCACCGGAUCCGCCACGACGCCGACAAGUGCAAAUGACGAUGUCGCCGAUGGUGAAAAAGAGAAUAAUGACCAGAAGACGGAGAGAAAAGGGAGUAUCGCUGCGGUACCGGGCGGUGGUCUCGAACGCCAUUCCAGCACGGCGAGUACUCGCAGCCUGGGGCUGUGGGAACCGAAAUCCAGUCCUACAGCAGGGAAGAGUUUGUGGGGCCCGCCGAGGAAGGAUAAGGAUGAGUUGGCGGAGAGGGCGCAUGGGUGGAAGAGGAGGUGGACUAUGACGGGUAGGGAGGAGUAGGUAUGUGAGUGGGUUUGGGGAGAGGGUUGUUGGAUGGGGAGGAGGAGAAGGAGGAGUUUGCAAGGCGGUGGAGGUUGUUUUGCGCGUGUGGCAUUUGCAGGCGAUGCUGGGU